AUGUCUCACUCUCCCAAGGGUGAUGAUUCCUCGCAUCACCUUUAUGAGCCCAUCGAAGGAGUGGAAAAACUGGAAAGCUAUCGCAUGGGAGGUUAUCACUCCAUGACAAUCGGUGAUCAUAUUCACAAUCGCUAUCAAGUGGUUCAAAAACUUGGUCACGGCACGUACUCGACAAUCUGGCUGGCUCGAGAUCAAAAAAAUGGCAAAUAUGUCGCCAUCAAAGUGUGUACCGCGGAUUCGAACCCGCUUGAAUUCAGCGUCCUUUCAGAACUUUCCAACUCGCAACAAAGCUCAAGCACUAGCAUAGGAAAGACACUGAUACCAUCGGUACUAGACAGAUUCAGGAUUCAAGGAUCGAAUGGUACGCACCAUUGUUACGUGACAAUCCCGGCAAGGAUGAGUCUCUCCGAGGCAAAAGAUGCCUCAUAUAACCGCCUUUUCCAAUUAGAGGUUGCUCGAGCCUUGGCGGCACAGCUAGUCCUUGCAGUUGAGUACGUCCACUCCCAGGGAUUCGUUCACGGAGAUCUCCAUGCUGGAAAUGUUCUCCUCCAGUUGCCAUUUGACCUAAGCCAACUUUCUGUGGAGGGAUUGUACAAAAAGUACGGAGAACCGGAAUUUGAAGCAAUAAGACGUUUUGAUGGGCAACCGCUCCCACCGAAUAUCCCAUCACGGGCCGUUUUACCAAUCUGGCUUGGUGAGGCAAGUGACAAACUCAAACCCCCAGAAGCCAAAAUCCUACUCAGCGAUUUCGGUGAGGCCUUCUCCCCUACCAAGCAACAGAGGUUUGAGUCCCACACUCCGCUUGUUUCCCGACCACCAGAGGUUCAGUUCGAGCCACAUAAGCCUAUGUCAUUCCCAUCAGACAUCUGGUCCCUCGGAUGCUCUUUAUGGAACACCAUAGGUCAGAACUCACUUUUUGACGACAUGUUUGCGACCGAAGAUAGCAUUACUUGCGAGCAAGUCGAUGCACUUGGUAUGCUGCCCCCGGAAUGGUGGCACAAAUGGGAGGGGCGACAUAGUAGAUUCACGGAAGAUGGGAAGCCGAUCAACCGGGUCCCUUACCGGUCGUGGGAGGACAGAUUCGAACAAGAUAUGCAGGAGCCUCGACAGAGGAAAGGUAUGCCGUGCAUUGAACCGGCCGAAAGGGAUGCUAUUCUUAAGAUGUUGAAGUCAAUGCUUAAAUUCAGGUCUGAAAAUCGCUCUUCUGCGAAGCAGAUCCUCGAAUGUGAAUGGAUGGUCAAUUGGGCUUUGCCCGAGUACGAGAAGAUUCGAAGGAUAUGA